AUGGACUCUUAUGAGAAUUUGAUUAAAGAUUAUUGGACCAAUGGAUAUGCUGUUUUCCCUAAUUUUCACGAUUCAAAUCAUGUCGAUUCCAUUUUGAAAGAGACCAAAAAUAUCGUGGAAACUUUUGAUCUCAAUGAAAAUCGAACUGUAUUCAAAACGGGAAAAGGGCAACAAGGAAAUGACUAUUUUCUCAAUUCAGGAGAUAGAAUUUCUUUUUUCUUUGAAGAGAAGGCCCUUGAUUCUGAUGGCAAUCUAAUUGUUCCUCGUGGUCAAUGUUUGAACAAAAUUGGUCAUGCUCUUCAUCAUUUCAAUCCAAUCUUUAAACAGGUAACAUUCAAUGAUCGAAUCAAAAAUCUCUUAAAAAGUCUUGAAUUCGUGGAACCAGCGAUUGUCCAGAGCAUGAUAAUAUUUAAGAACCCGAAAGUUGGAAGUGAAGUUACAGCUCACAAAGAUGCCGAGUUUCUAUUCACUGAACCAGAGAUUAAAUUGACUGGAUUAUGGUUCGCAUUAGAAGAUGUUACUCUCGAAAACGGGUGUUUAUGGUUCAUUCCAAAGUCUCACAAAGAAAAUGUCACUCGUAGAUUCGUAAGAAGUGAAGACGAUUCGGGGAUCAAAGUUUCAUUCGAUUUCCCUGAAACGGAGUAUGACGAGUCUUCAUUUCGACCUGUUACUGUGCCGAAAGGAUCUUUAUUGCUUAUCCACGGAUUAGUUGUUCAUAAGAGUGGACCUAAAGCAUGGGUCUACUUGACCCAUGCUUACUGAAAUGUUGAUUUAUCAAAAUAACGAGAAACAAAUGACCAUGCUUACUGAAAUAUCGAGAAAUCUCGUUAAUUGUUUUUUAUUUUUUUUGUAUCCUUUUGAAGAGAAUAUUUUUAUAUUUCUCUAGUGCAUGAGCAACGACUCAUGUAACUGUAAUCCAAAGUGGACUAAUAAAAUCAUUUCGGAAAAUUGA